AUGCUUCUCGCCGAGGAUCCAGCUACCCUCAUCCACCACACAAUCAACAACUUCAACAUCCAGCCCGACAAGCUCGCCGUCGGCCGCAUCGGCGAAUCGCUCUCGACGCUGCAGCAGGCCCGCGAGCUGCACGUCCGCGACUCCGACUCGACGCUCAAGAAGCUCUCGCGGCAGCUCAACACCAUCAACGCGCAGCACGACGAGCUGAUUUCGUCGCACUCCUUUUCCGACCACGCGUCGACCAUUUCGCGCCUCGACACGCACAAGUUCCGCGUUGCCAAAGCGGCGUCCGACGCUGAGAUGGAGGCCGAGCGAUUGGCGCAGCAGGCGGCUGAUUUGGCGGCACGGCUGCAGGAGCUGGAGCUGCAGGGCGUGGAGGGGUCUGAGGAGAGCCGGAGGCGAGAUCCUGUGGACGAUGAGGUGUUGCUAAGACUAAAAGUGUAUCGCAGCUUGGGGAUUGAGAUUGAGAGGGAUGAAAAGGAUGGGGAGUGGGCGCGGGCGGUGAUUCGGAAUGAUAGGAAGGGGGAUGUGCAUGUGGUGAAUAUGGACAAGAAGUUUUCGCGGUACUUUUACGCGAAUUACUUUUGGCAGUCAAUCUGA